CACCACGCUACGCGUCCUAAAUCAAUCUAUCUAUUUUUACAUAUAAAAGAAAGCAACCACCACUUUCCAUACAUCAUCAACAACAUUAAUCAUCCACACAAAAAAGUUAAAACACUUGUUUGCUAUAGCUACUAUACUCUUCAUCACUUUGUAUUUCACCUACAAUAACUCAAGCACAUUUUAGCAUAUAGUUAAAGAUAACACCAUGUCUUUGAAGAACGGUAAUGUUGGUCGUAGGGCAUGGAACUUCCUAAGGCUCUCAUUGUUGUGGGCACGUAAAAGUGGUGUAUUUAGGCGUAAGCUAGCGACAGAGCUGCGUCUUGUACCAAAGUAUUUGAAACGUUUAGGACACACGACCACACCUACGAAUCAAAUUCACUACUUUGAACGUGAGCUCUCCUUUGAUGAGACACCUAUGUUCAAUGUCAAGAUGUAUCGUCCAUCAUCGUUGCGCUUUCACUUGCCUCAUAUUCCGUGUAUAAACCCACAUGUUGAUUUUGAUUAUGAUUUUCAUGAUGAUGAUAUUGUUGAAUAUGACAAUGGGAGAAAGAGUGAUCUAGUCGAUGAAGGAGAUUAUGACGAAGAAUUUCAUCAUGGGGUUGAAUUAUGUGAAGAAAUGGGUUUUAGAGAAGAAGUUCAAGAAGGUGAAGGAAUAGAUAAACGUGCUGAUGAGUUCAUUGCUAAAUUCCGUCAGCAAAUGAGACUGCAGCGCCAGAUUUCUCUUCUACAAUACAAGAAAACACCCAGCAGAGACACAAACUGAUCGACACCUUAUACAUGCAAAUUUUAUUUUAUUUUAUUUUAUGCAUUCAACUUCAAUUUUCCUUCUUUGAUUUUAGUUUUGAUACUAUGAUCAAUAGAACUUUUUAGCCCAUGAAGUGAGAGAGAGACAGUACAGCGGGAUGUUUGUAAAUACAAGGAGCUGCUCUAGAGUUCUUGUGUUUACAUUGUUUUGUAGAUGUAAUUUCAAUAAAAUACUAGUGUUACUAGUUAUUUUUUAAUUUAAAAGAAUAUGUCACUCCUAUAA